GCGAGAGUAUAUAAGUGUUCUGUGGCGAAGUCAGUGUCCUGCUUGAACGAAUGAACGUAGGUGGCGUCGAAAGUGCAUUGCUGUCCGGCUGUUAAUUGGCGCUUUGUCAGUGAUUGGAUCAACCAUAAGUCGAAACAAGGAAUUAUGACUGGCACUGACCUUGCAGUCUCGAAGGUGGUUGUGCAUCCGCUGGUUCUCCUCAGCGUCGUGGAUCACUUCAAUCGCAUGGGGAAAGUUGGCCACCAAGAUCGAGUGGUUGGCAUCUUACUCGGCUCCUGGAAAGAAAAGGGUGUUUUGGACGUUUCUAACAGCUUUGCUGUUCCGUUCGACGAAGAUGAGAGAGACAAGACUGUCUGGUUUCUGGAUCACGACUACCUUGAAAACAUGUAUUCUAUGUUCAAGAAGGUGAACGCCAGGGAACGCAUUGUUGGCUGGUACCAUACUGGUCCAAAUUUGCACCCUAGCGAUAUUCCUAUCAACGAGCUGGUGCGAAGGUACUGCAGCACUUCCGUGCUUGUCAUCAUUGAUGCUCAGCUGCUCUCUAUCGGUCUACCCACAGAAGCAUACAUAGCUGUGGAGGAAGUUCACGAUGAUGGCACCCCAACUACCAAGACGUUUGAGCAUGUCCCUAGUGAAAUCGGAGCAGAGGAAGCUGAGGAGGUUGGAGUUGAGCAUUUACUUCGGGACAUCAAGGACACUACUUUGGGCACACUCUCACAGAGGAUAACCAACCAGCUGAUGGGCUUGAAAGGACUUCAAGGCCAGGUGCACCACAUAAGAGAUUAUCUGGAGCAAGUGGCUAUGGGUACCCUGCCAGUCAACCACACCAUCAUCUACCAGCUUCAGGACAUAUUCAACUUACUGCCUGAUGUGGGUCUCCAGGACUUUGUCAAAUCUCUCUAUAUCAAGACAAAUGACCAGAUGUUAGUUGUGUACCUGGCAUCUUUGGUGCGUUCUGUUGUGGCCUUGCAUAACCUCAUCAACAACAAGAUCACUAACCGUGAUGCAGAGAAAAAGGAGACGGCGAAAAAGGAUGAGCCGAAGGAGAAGAAACCUGAAGAGAAAAAGAAAGAAGUCAAGGUGUGAGCCACCCAUUUUUGAGCAGCUACAGUGCCUGCUACGAGGCAGUUCGGUCAUCCCACAAUAAAAGCAUAAAGAAAAAUUGGUUCAGAGAAAAAUUGAGAAUAGUCACUUCUUGCAAGAUAACAAAUUGUAUUUCGGGCAUUCUGUUGUAUGAAAAUCCCUCUGUUAGUUUCUCUUUGUUUUUUUUUUUUACUGGUUGAAAUGGAUUAAGGAAAUGUUUCUUUGUUUCCUCAGUACAUGGCUUGUUUUUUGCUUGCAUUGUUUAUUAUCUAAUGUACAUCUUUAAAGACGCUAUCCUUUUGCUUUGCCUCUUUACAUUUGUGGGUGUGUUUGAAAAUAAACUGCAGUUUUAUAGAGCUUCUUGGCUAGUGGUUGUUAAAUUUCUGUUAUGUUUCCAUGUGGAGGGAGCGUUUAAACACCUCUGCAUUCCAAUAACUAAUGACCAACUGAUCAAGCUAUAUUGUUUCCAAUUUUGUUAUCGGGUCAUGCUCAAUAGCACAGUACAUUAUUGUUAUUUCGUGAGCUUCAGAAUGAUAACACUAUUGCAGGUGUAAAUUCAGCCUGCUGGAAUGCCUUCCUUGGCAAUUGGAUAUUUUCCAGGUGUCCAUGCAAGCUGCAAGCAUUUUGUUAAGUUUGUUGGGUAUUUCUUUGAAUGUUUGCUUUAAAUGUUUGCUUACCAUGAAAGCAUUACUUGUAUUAGAGUAAAAUUUGGUGCAAAUUAAAAUGUGGAAGUGAUUCAAAUUUA